AUGGAGAUGCUAGCAAAUAUUGAGAGAGAUGGUCAUCUCAUGAUCAGAGCAAUGUUUCUCACCGUUUCAGCUAUGGUGGUUGCUCUUUUCUGGUUCCUGUGGAAUUGGAAAAGCUCAAAAAACCCAAUGCCACCAUUGCCACCAGGUCCUCGUGGCCUGCCAUUUCUUGGGAGCCUUCCCCUUUUAGGCCCUAACCUUCACCAUGAAUUCUCCAACUUGGCAACCAUUUAUGGCCCUAUUUACAAACUCCAACUCGGUAGCAAAUUAUGCUUUGUGCUCUCUUCGCCAUCGAUUGUCAAACAAGUGCUUCGUGACCAAGACACCCUCUUUGCUAAUCGUGACCCCACAAUUGCUGCACAGAUUGCCUCCUAUGGAUGCACCGACAUUGCGUUUGGACCCUACGGUCCAGGUUGGAGGAGGCUGCGCAAGGUGUUUAUGAGCCACAUGCUGAGCAAAGCCAACCUUGAUGCCUCCUAUGCUCUGAGAAAAGAGGAGGUGCUCAAGUCAAUUAGUCAUGUUUAUGACAAAGUUGGCAGCCCAAUUGAUUUGGGGCAGUUUGCAUUUUUGACAUCAAUCAACACAGUCAUGAGAAUGCUGUGGGGCGGGACUCUAGAAGCAGAGAACGGGGCUGAUCUUGGGGCAGAGUUCAGAAAUGUGGUGGCUGAAAUUAUAGAGGUGCUUGGGAAGCCAAAUGUUUCUGACUUUUUAACUUCGCUUGCAAGGUUUGAUGUGCAAGGAAUUGCGAGGCGUAUGAAGCAGCUUCAAUCUAUGACUGAGAAGAUUUUUGAUUCCGCCAUUGAAAGGCAGAAGAGUGAGGCAGUAGAGAAAGAUGAGGGCCUAGAGCUAAAACAUGAAAGGAAGGACUUUUUACAGAUCUUGUUGGAGCUUAAUGAUCACGAAGAUGGUGCAAAAUCGAUUACUUUGCAACAACUUAAGGCCUUGCUAUUGGACAUUGUGGUGGGUGGGACUGACACCACAGCAACAAUGGUGGAAUGGGUAAUGGCUGAGCUGAUAAAACACCAAGAUGACCUGAAAAAAGUUCAAGAAGAACUGAAAGAAGUUGUGGGGUUGAAAAACAUGGUUGAAGAGUCUCAUAUACCCAAAUUACAUUAUUUAGACGCUGUGAUUAAGGAGACAUCUAGAUUGCACCCUGCUCUGCCUCUUCUGGCUCCUCAUUGUCCAAGUCAAUCCACCACCAUUGGAGGGUACAACAUACCAAAAGGUUCAACCAUUUUUAUAAAUAUUUGGGCCAUACACAGAGACCCUAAUGUUUGGGACAAUCCCUUGGAGUUUAGGCCCAAGAGGUUCCUCAAUGACCCCUCUAGCAACAACUUUGAUUACAAGGGCAAUAAGUUGGAAUAUCUUCCAUUUGGUUCUGGAAGAAGAAUGUGUGCUGGGCUUCCCUUAGCAGAGAAGAUGAUGAUCUAUGUGUUGGCUUCAUUUUUGCAUUCAUUUGAGUGGAGGUUGCCCACUGAUGCAAAGCAUGACCUUCAAGACAAAUUUGGGAUUGUGACAAAGAAAAUGACUCCAUUAAUUGUCAUUCCAACACCCAGGCUAUCUAAACUGGAGCUCUAUGCUUAGAUUUAUGUUCAUUUCCUCUUGAAAGAUGCUUGCAUGUCACGUAUUAUGCAUUGAUGCUCUUGGUUCAAUUGUUGCCCCCAUAAUCCUUAUAAUCUUAUAAUAAAUUGAGGAAGUAAAUGACAUGUUGUGGUUUGUCUCAUUUCAUCAGUGAUAACUUGUGAUUUUUAUUUGUUUUUGGACGAAACCUUGUGAUUUUUUUUUUUUUUUGGGUACUAUUUUAGUUACUUUUUUUUUCAGAUAGUUUAAACUUCAAAAAGAAUUACAUCAGCAAAAAGAACAUCUUGAAUAAUAUCAUAAGCUUCUUCAAACCACAACAUAUCAAUCUCAAGGGACAAACCAAUUCUAGCUAGACGGUGGGUUAUACUUCAAAAGAAAAUGAUAAAGCACAAUUCGAAGUAAGCACGAAAUAAGGAACUAAAAAAACCUCACACAGAGCUCAAAGAUGAAAUCAGAAAACAAAGGCAAAAGAAGUCAAAAAAAAAAAAUUAAACAAAUGUUAGUCCAAAUAUUAACGACAUGGAACAUCUAAUUGGUCUCUUAUAUAUCCAACUAUCCUUGCUUCAUCACCUGCAAGUCAUCAAAACCAAUAUUCAUCCACAAAUGCAAUAAUAAGUGGGGUAGGAUAGUGUUUUUAGAAGCAGACUUCCUAGAUAGAGGACUACAGUCAAGGUCAAAAUUGGAUCAUUUUUAUCGCAUAAAAAAAAGUAGAAAUAUGUGGAGAGGAUAUCAAAGAAAGAACAACCAUAACAUGAAGAAAUGCGAAUGGAAACUACCUAACAACCUGAAGUUCUAAAUUUUAUUUUCCAGAAAAGCAAAAAAAAAAAAAAAAAAAUCCUAA